AUGGCGCAGGCCGGGGGGGUUGUCCGUGUCCGCCCCCAGGAGGGCUGCACGGUCUCRCCGCCGCUGUUGGCCCGUGACGCGGAGCACAGGCCCUGGCUGGCGGGCGCYGCGAGCCCUGAGGCCGGCACCUGCAGCCCGCCGCGCUGCCUCACGCCCAACCUCAACGCGGGCCGGCUGCACCUGCUGCGCAAGGGCCUGGCGCCCGAGGCGCGCCGCUGCCCGCCGGGCCUCUACAACAGCACGGGCUCCCUGGCGCCCCGCGCGCCGGCCGACACGGGGCUCCUGGGCACCGGGAGCUGYGCGGGGCGCGCCACGGCGCCCUGCACGCCGCGCCAUGGCGCCCCAGGCCCUGCGCUGGCCUCGCCGGGCAGCCGCAGCCCACUGGUGGCACUCGACGGCCACAGUUCCGUCGUCACCUUCCGCUUCAUCGAGAAGGCCAGYGUGAGGACGCUCAACGGCCUCCCGGCGCCCCGGCGGCACAACGGGCCCCACAGCCUGAGCCGCAGCCUGGAGCUYGGCGGCGGCUCACACACCCCUCCGGCACAGCCCAAGCUGCAGGAGCAGCUCGUCCGCAGGCUCAAGCUCGAGGCGUCCRUGUCCGACCCGCUGCUGGCCAGGGGCAGGGCCCUGGGGGAUGCACAGCCCGGAGGGAGGGACGCCUGYGCCCUCAACACCAGCUGCCUCUUCAGCUCCCUCACCAACGGGCUGCAGACGCCCCCAGAGGAGCGGGCGCCCUUUGCCAGGAGCCCGCUGAACCCCGAGCCUCGAUUCCAGGGAAGCUCGUGGGCAUAUCCCCGGGAGAGCUCGGCCCACGCCCAGCGCGUUGCCAGGGCCAAGUGGGAAUUCUUCUAUGGUGCUCCGGACCCUCCCAGGACAGGCUGCUCUGUCCCCAAGGCUCCCGCUGUCCCGGCCGAGCCCCCGCCGCAGCCCCCGGAGCCGCAGAGGCCGGUGGCCGAGCACAGCCUGAGCCACGUGGAGGUGGAGAUAGAGAUGUCUCCUCCGGGCUGCAAGAAGCCUGGCUUCUGUGAGACUGGCAUUAUAMGGAGGACGGUGAAGUACUCUGAGACAGACCUGGACACCGUGCCACUGAGGUGCUACCGYGAAACCAACAUCGACGACAUCCUGGCCGAGAAGGACGAGGUGGAUUCGGCUAUUGAGAGCCAGAAGGACAGCGAGAGCAACCCGAGCUUCACGGGCACRCCGGGCAGGAGGGACAGCACGCCGGAGGAGCCCCCUGCCCCGGCUGCCGCCGAGCGCCAGCGCGAGGGCRCCGCUGGCGGCACGCGGGACGGCGAGGCCGACGAGGAUGACGAGGUGUUUGAGGCGACGAGGCGGAGCGGSCGAAGGGUCAUGGAUCAAGACACACAGGGUAUGCUCAAGUCUCCAGUGCCCUUUCUCCUUGGGCACAGCCUCUCCAAGGAUGGCAUGGACUCUUUCAGCAAGCAUUUUGAGAGCAUCAUGGAGUCCCAUCGAGCCAAAGGCACAUCUUACACCAGCCUGGACUCCAUCGACAUCCUUUCCUCUCCAGCCCGCACUCAUGGGACUGUUUUUACCUUUGACCUCCCAACCCUCACCCCUGAAGUACAGGGACAGAUCCGAGACAGCGCCAAGCUGAUCGAGGAGAACUUUGCUCCUCUGGCUCACUUGGAGCCAGACUCUGGGACCAGUUCGGCCUCAGAUGCUCCAUGGACUGAGAGGGAGGAGGAGCGAGGGAGGCGAGGGAAGGGUGUUCGGCACAGCCCCUGCCGCUCCGAGGACAGCUUUGGCACUCCUUUGGCCUCCAACACGAGCAACCACCCCCUGAGCCAGCUGGUUUCUGACUCAGACUUGGAGAUGGACAGCAUGGAGCAGCUUGCCCUGGGCAGCACGGACACCCUUUCCAAUGGGCACAAGGCUGACCUGGAGGCUGCCAAACGCCUUGCCAAGAGGCUCUACAACCUGGAUGGAUUUAAAAAAGCAGAUGUGGCCCGCCACUUGGGGAAGAACAAUGAGUUUAGCAAAAUGGUGGCGGGGGAAUAUCUGAAAUUCUUCGUAUUCACAGGAAUGAGUCUGGACCAGGCUCUCAGGUCCUUUCUAAAGGAGCUGGCCUUAAUGGGAGAGACACAAGAGCGAGAGCGAGUGCUGGCUCAUUUUUCCCAACGUUAUUACGAGUGUAAUCCCAAUGCCAUCUCUUCUGAGGACGGAGCCCACACGCUGACCUGUGCCCUGAUGCUGCUCAACACAGAUCUUCAUGGACACAACAUCGGGAAGAGAAUGUCCUGCUCCGACUUCAUUGGCAACUUGGAGGGGCUGAACGGAGGCAGCGACUUCCCCAAGGAGUUGCUCAAGGCGCUCUACGGCUCCAUCAAGAACGAGAAACUGCAAUGGGCCAUAGAUGAAGAGGAGCUGCGAAAGUCCCUCUCAGAGCUGGCUGACCCCAAUCCCAAGUCCAUCAAACGCAUCAGCAGCUGCAGUAACCCCUUCCUGGACUUCUCGCAGGACCCCAACAUCGCCACCUACAAGCACGGGCUGCUAGUGCGCAAGAUCCAUGCGGAUCCUGACUGCAAGAAGACGCCCCGCGGCAAGCGCGGCUGGAAGCCGUUCCACGCCAUCCUGAAGGGGAUGAUUCUCUACCUGCAGAAGGAGGAAUAUAAGCCAGGAAAAGCGCUGGCGGAAGAGGAACUGAAGAAUGCUAUUAGCAUCCACCACUCGCUUGCCACACGGGCGUCCGACUACAACAAGAGACCCAACGUCUUCUACCUCAGGACAGCUGACUGGAGGGUCUUCCUCUUCCAAGCACAGAACCCUGAACAGAUGCACUCCUGGAUCACACGCAUCAAUGUGGUGGCAGCAAUGUUCUCCGCACCCCCUUUCCCYGCAGCCAUCGGCUCACAGAAGAAGUUCAGCCGCCCGCUGCUGCCCAGCUCGUGCACCAGGCUGUCCCAGGACGAGCAGGUGAAGAGCCAUGAGACCAAGUUCAAGACGAUGUCAGCGGAGCUGGUGGAGCACCGCUCCUCCCUGCCAGAGAAGAAGGUGAAGGGCAAGGAGUACGAGGAGCUGAAGCAGAAGGAGGAGUACCUGGAGUUUGAGAAAUCCCGCUACGGCACCUAUGCCAUGCUGCUGCGGGCCAAGCUGAAGGCCGGCUCCGAGGACCUGGCGGCGUUCGAGUCCACGCUCUUCGAUGCAGCGGGCACUGAGGACGAUGGCCUGAAAAAGUCCCGCUCCAGCCCCUCGCUCAACGUGGAGGCCCCCAGCGCGGGCAGCAAGGUCAAGCGCAACGUGUCGGAGCGCRCCAGCCGCCAGCCCCCCGGGCCGCCCCACAAAUCGUAAGCGAGGGACAUCGGCCGCCCGCGCUGCAGCUCCGGC